UGAUUGGCAAUGGCUUUGCCCAUGAUGUAUUAAUGCAGCCAUUGGACACAGGCUUCACUCGGGAAUGGUCAAGCCCUUGAUAGUUCAAGAAGUUCAGCUGUCCAUCGAAAUGCAGAUUGUGGCAUUUGAAGAUGCCACUUGAUUAUGUCAAAGGCCUUUUUGCAUGACUCCGAAUGAAUAAAGAUUAUGCAUGUGUCAAGUUUGUGUUUUUCACAUGUUGCAAUCUGUGAGAUAUGACCGUGAUUACUACGUGAUGUCAUGCACCGCUGGCACAGGAACCAAGCCAAGAGUUCUUUUUCGAUUGAUAUGUGUUUAGGAUUGUGACAUCAAUGCGAGCCAUACAACAUCUGAACCAAUCGCCUAGAAUCCCCCAGAAAUACGAAGGUAUCAUGGUGCUAUUUCUGCCAGCUCUCGAGUGAAUGGAAUAAUGCGCUGCCAUUCUGGUACUUGGGCUCAGCUGGCAUUUACUGAUUGAUUCCAAAGCUCAGGAAGCUAAUUGUUGAUUGUGGAUAAACUUGUAUUCAGAAAUAUUGAGGAAAACCUUUGGAGGAAAGAUCGGUGUUACCCCAGAGUACAGUGACGCAGGGACGACUCACUUCCUUCUUUUUGCGUUACAAGUGGAUGUGAUUCAAUUUGGUAGAAAUUAAUUAGAACCGAUUGGUGUGGCUGCUCUGAAGGAAUAUGGCAGGAAAAACCUUGUUCAACUGCUUGAAGCAUCAGGAAGGAAAAGGUCUCACAAAGAAAAAAAGCAGCAGAAAAGCACGCCAUCACAGCACGGAAAUAACAGAGGACCCUCACAGCCAACGGAGUGACACAGAGGGCUGCAUCGAUCCCAACGACGACAAUAUCGCCAUCACAGAGGACCUCAUUGAUCCGGAAUACAUCAUCGACCCUCCCGAAAACUGGCAGUUUGACAUCAAUGCCACGAGCGCCAAGGAGUUAGAACCGAACAGACGUCACGCAGGAGGAAGAAGAUCUGCAAAGGAGGAGGAUAGAAGACUCGAGGAAGAGGAGAGAGAUUUCACAGAAGUUAUCCUACCACCCAACAAGAUGUCGGUGGCUGUUCAGGUGGUGAAUGGCAGAGAGCAAAGCACGGAGGAGGAGGAGCUACAGGAAGCUGGGGGCGGAGCUCUGGAGGCUGAGGGCGGGGCUCAGGAAGCCGAAAGAGGAGCAACUAUGGAAGAAGCAGAGGGCGGGGCAGAGGCCAUGGAGGAUGAUAUGGUGAUAGUACCGAGAAUUCCUAGGGAAGAUGUACUGAGUGAUAGUGAGCUUGACCAGUCAGGUGCACCAAAGAAGAAGAAGUUCAAGGCAUGGAAGUCGAUAAAGAAGAUUUUCAAGAAGAAGAAAAGUUCGAAAGGAUCGGAAGGAGACUCCGCCCCAAACAAGAGCAAAUCAAAGUCAACAAGUGAACUAGAAAGAGGAGGGGAUGAGGAUGGCGAGCUGAACAAGAGAAUCAGCAUGUCAGAAGACAGUGUGUUCACACCAGACAAACCAGCUUCAGCCAAAGAUAGGAACUCCUAUUCACUCAACACAUCAAACCUGGCAGAUGAGAUCAAUGCAAAACUCAAAGAGAGAGCAAGCUCCUCCGACGAUGGCUACGCCCAGUCCAGUGAGGAUGCCAUGACAACGGGUGACACCACCCACGACAACUCCUACGUAGCGCCCUCAGACAGCAGUAAGACCGACAGUGGUAUCAUCACAACUGAGGAUGAGAAGAGCUUUACGAGCGUGGGCGUCAAGGAGAGCCAAAAUGUUACAGCCGACAUGAAGAGAUUAAAAACAGAUAAUCCCGGUGAUGUUGACCUUGAUCUCAUCAAAUCAUCAAAGCUAUUAUCAAGCUCUGCGGCCAAACACAGAAUAUCUGUAGCCCCCUCUAACAGGAGGCCAAGCAAAAAAGCUCGUGCUCGGACGCCACAGAAGCGGUCCAGCAGUCGACUUGACGAUGCCCCCUCCCCAAUAGCAGAAGAGCCCUCCACCCCCACAAAGAGUCCCGCCCCUAUCGAUCUUGACAAUAAGGAGAAAGGAGACGCACCCAAGAAUGAUGGAGUACCUGUUGUCAUCAUCGAGUCGCCAUCUUCAGACGACCUGAAGACUAGCAUGGAUACCACCCUUGAAGGGAACUCCCAGGAAGAAGUGGAGGAGGAGCCUAUGAUUCUGCCUCAGGUACCCAAAGAAGUCAUCAUCAUCAUGAAGGAUGACACAGCCAAGGAGGAGGAGGCAGCAGGUACCAAGAAGGAACCAGAGAAAGAGGCGAAACCCAGCACCCCUACCACGCCCGAACCGCUAGUAACACCGGUAGAGACGACACCCCCUGAGGAGGAUGCAGCUGCCGCGUCACCACCACCGCAGAUGAAGAAGGAGGAGGUCGAGAAGGAGAGCACCGAGACGGAGAAAGACGUGGAAGAGGUGAAGAAGGAGGAGGUGCCCGAUGACGCCGAGGAGAGGCGCUUGAGCGUCGCGGCCAGCAAGGCUCUUUUUGAAGCCAAGAUCCCUGCUGCCUCAGAGCCGAUGAAGUCAAGCAACAAGGUGGUUGUCAACGGCUACAGUGCACCAAAAACGGAUGUGAGGCGGACCAGCCAACCCAGCGAGACUAUUCCUGAGACCAAAGCUGAAGCUGAUACCAAGCUUUCGGAGAAGGAAGAAAAGAAGGUAGAGAAGGAGGAGGAGAAGAAAGAGACAGACGAUGGAAAGGAGGAACAUGAUCAGGUUUUUGCCAAUAAGGAGGAAGCAGAAGAAGCUAAAGACGAACCAGUCAGUCUCAAAGAUAGAAUCUCGAGGUUUCAGAACUUGGCCACUAAGACAUCGGUGAAAGGCCUAACAGCUCAAGUAACACGAAGUCCUUCGAAGCAGCGGCCUGCCUCAACGAGCAAUAUCGAGAACAAGGAGUCGCCCAAGAAGUUCGCCCCAAAGGUUCCGUCAAAGCCCUCAUCAACAAGUUUCAACAAACUCAAAGGGUCAACGGCACCCACAAUGGAACCCUCCAGACCGUCCACUAAUCCCUCGUCGUCCUCGCGGCCGCCCCUCCAGCCCAAGAUAGACUGUUGCAUGGUGUGCGAGAAGUCCGUCUACCCCAACGAGAUGAGCAAGUUUGAAGGUCGGGUCUUCCAUCGUACGUGCCAGAAGUGCAGCGAGUGCAGCAGAACCUUGGCGCUGUGGAACCUGGAUAUCGCAGACGAUCGUCUCUUCUGCAAGCAGCAUGGCACGGUGGUCAAGAACAAUCAACUCAAGGAGAAACUGAUUAUAUGAAAUUAAAGCAGGUGGAGUUCUGAGCCAGAAUGCCUUUGUUCAUCAAAUGUCCCUUCCCCUAAUCUGCUUGAAGACAUAAGACUAUCCAUGCAACAUUUCCUUCGCUCAUCAGAUAUUCCUUUAUGUCUUCGCAGGAAGAUUGAGACUAUCCAUGCAACAAUACCUUCACAUAUCAAUUGUCCAUCUUUCUCUGAUCUGCAGGGAGACCUAGCCUUACCGUACAAGACUGCCUUCACUCUUAAAAUGUCCUUUUCUCUCUUUGUUAGAAUGCCAGACUUGGAGCAAUAAUGUUUUUGGGUAAGGCUUGACACUCCUGCAUUAGAGGCCCUAUCAAUCUCCCCAAAUUUUCUCAUGCCUACAUCAGUCUAUUGGUAGCGGAUUCAGUCGGUGGGGAGGAGACCUUGAUCAACAAAACAUGAAAUUUGUUGAAGAGAUAAAAGAAAAUGUUUUAAAAAAGUUAGUUAGCCCCCUUCAAUUUUGGAUCUUGGCUUGUCACUUAUCGCCAAUUCCGAACAUUGUACGUAACGUCUGGUGAUUUCACGCCAUGCAACGAUUCCAUUCAGACAAUGUUCUCAUGCAUUGCUUGUCAUUGACUUGCCUUCCCUGGAGCAGACAAGGUAGCCAGUAGCCGGUGUCAAACAAUUUUUUAUGUCUAGGUUAAGAUUCGCUUUUUCAUCAGCUGGAUAAUUUUUGCCUUGUGGUGACGAUACUACUGUAAAUGAAUACCAUAAGGCAUCUACUAGUAUCGUGAGGUGAAAACUG